GGCGCCCUCUCCAAGAUGGCGGCCCCAGAUCCCGUCGGCGCGCACAGGCGGCAGCGAUGGAAGCGGGGUGCGCUCUUUAUAAUGGCCCGUGCUACUUCCGGUUUGGAGGAUUCCCAGCGCGGAAGCCGCUCUCCCGAUUCCAAGAUGAAGCCCAGCGUGUCCAGGAGGCGUCCUCUGCGUGAAAUAAUCACGGAGAAGCUGAGCACGGUCGCCUCGGAGAUCCUGGCCGCCGUGGAAAGGACGCUGACCGAGUACGAAGCGGAGGCCACCGUGCUGCGGCUGGAGCUGGAGCAGAUAAGGCGGCCGGAGCAGUUCCAGCCUCGGGUUAAGGAGGAGCCAACAGACGAUGAGCUGCUCAUUUCUCGCUGUGAAGUCCGUGGAGGUCAAAGAUUCCAGCAACAGGUCCAGCAGACACAAGAAACAAAGAACCAGAGCCAGGAGGGCCUCUCCUUCACUCGGGGACUAAAUAAGGAUCAAGAAGUUGACAAAGAAGGUCCUGAAAUUACCUCAAGGUUGGUUCCCGUACCGGAUCUGACUGACCAGAUAAAUGUGGAAUUCUCCCACAUCGGGAGUCUAGAAAACUAUGUGGACCUUAACAUCUGCAUCCUGAAGGACUGGACUAUUGAGGUGGUUACUGACCAAGUCGAGGAGGAGUACCCGGUUCAUGAGCUGCCAUGCCGUUCAGGCCAGCAGGAAGCAGACUUCCUGGACCUGCUGAGGUCCACCUUCCCUCAGCUGGCUCCUAACACACCGUUUGAGUCUUUUAUAACCGACAACAGCAGGAGGCUGCAGCCUUUGAAGGUGGAGUCUUUCACACCCGAGCAGAUCUGUGUGGCAGCUGGGAACUCCGCCCUUUACCUCCGACUGAAGUGUCCAAGCGAGCACGGAGCAGGAAGUGAGCAGCAGCUUAAUGAGCUUAGCGAUGACAACUUUAACGAAGACGACAACUGUGAUGAACGCCCUCCGUUCAUCCAACUUCAAACCGCACCCGACGCCAACUCCAGAAAUGAGCCUCCUGAUGAGAAUAAGACCAGGAAUGAAGAAAUCCCAUUGAGGAUCCGGGUUCUGGGUGAUCCUCGUAUCACUUGCCUGUCAAAACCAGUGCUGAAGAGGUACAGGCUUAAAACGCUGAAGUGUCCUUGUGACAUGGAGGAAGCAGACUUCAUGAAGCUGCUGAGGUCCACCUUCCCUGUGCUGGCUGGCGACAGGCCGUUUGAGUUUUUAAUGAGCAACCUCUCUAAAAAACUUUUUCCUCUCAAUCUGGAGUCCUACACCCCAGAUCACAUCUACAAGGCUCUUGGGUUGUCUGGCCUCUACAUUCGACUGAAGUCUCAAGAGGAAAAAGUCCAGGCCAGACAAAAAAGUCUAAAGCAGAACAAGGCUGCCCCUCAUAACGAUAAGGACUCCUCAUCCACCACCAGUCAGAUUACACCAAAAAAUAACCUCAGAUAUGAGUUUCAUCAUCCGCUCAGGGAAACGGACACACGUAUAGAUCUCAGGAUUCACCUCCUGGAGGACUCUGGGAUUGAUGAAGUCACAGCAGAAGUGUUAAGGACGUAUCGGCUUCAUAAACUUCAGUGUCCUCCUGGAAUGAACGAGUUUGAUUUCCUGAAGCUGCUGAAGUCCACCUUCCCUCAGCUGACCAUGGGAGCAUUCUUUGAGACCUUUACUUGUGACCCGAACAUGAAGCUGCAGCCUCUGAAUGUAAAGUCCUUCACACCUGAAAUGAUCUCGACGGCAGCCGGCAAUUCUGCCCUCUACAUCCGUCUGAAGCAUUCGCCAAACGCCAGGCCUGAAAAAGAUGAGACUAAGGAGAAAAGUCAGGAGCAUGUGCAUCGACCCUCUUUACAGCGAACUACACCCACUCCAGAAAAUAAAAGCCCCAGCCUUAAUCGGGUCGAUGAUAAAGACACCCAUAUAAAUCUCAGAAUCUGCUUCCUGGAGGGUUCCCAUGUUCCCUCCCCUCAUGAUGAACAUACAGAUCCUGUCUCUACUACCGGCAGUCUGCAGCUCCUUUUUAACAAGUACCCAAUACGUGAGCUGAAGUUUCCUCGAGGCCUACAGGAGUCGGGCUUCCUGAACCUCCUGAAAUCCACGUUCUCUCAGCUGGCCGACGGUCAGCCCAUCACAGUUUUAGCUCUUCAAGGCAGGAAGAUGGUGCCGCUGAAAGUAAACAGUGUCAUUCCAGAAGAGAUCUGGAGGGCCGGCAGGUCUGUUGGCAGUCAUUUGGUCUGCAUUCAGCAGACGAAGCCUCUUAAGAAAAGCGAUGCAAAACCUGAAGCUCUUCCCACCUCUAAGCAUCAAACUCCAAACACCAGCAGUCAGUCACCCAGCGGGACGACUGGCAGACCUCCAAACUGUGACCCAAUAAAGCUGGUAGAUUUUAAAGUCUGCAUCGUGGACGACCCGAGCAUAGACGUCAUCUCUUCUUCAGUGUUGCAGAAAUACCCCAUCCUUGAGUUUCAGUGUCCUGGUAGCCUGCCGGAGGCCGGGUUUCUGAACUUGUUGAGGUCCACCUUCCCUGUGCUGGCCGAAGCCUCUUUCGAUUUCCUCACUGGUCACGGCGCAAAUACGAAGCCCUUUAAUCUAGUAAAUAUGACGUCGGAGGAGAUCAGCAGGACGGUCAAAGCCGCUGGGAGUUCAGUCCUCUACGUUAGACUGAAGUGGCCGCGUAAAAUCCCGGGCAGUGUGAAAAGGAGACACUCGGAUCGAAGCAAGCCCUCUCCUGGUAAACUUUUAAAGAAACGAAGAACAGCAAAAUCCCAGUCCAGCAACUCGGCGUCGCAUCAAAAACAUGAAGAAAGCGAGGAUGACGAAACUGAAGACAGUGAGGAUGAAAACGAGCAGAAAAACACGUCUGUCAAACUCUUGGGUCUGAAAUCUCUGAUAUCUAAGUACACUGCAAACAGUAAGCAGGUGAAGUUGAAAGAGGAACCCUCAGACGCAAAGGCAAUUGUAGACGACGAGUCAACGGAUGACAGUGAAGAUGAGAAUUACUACAAAAAUCCACAGGUUUCUAAGCUUUCGUUUCUGCCGUCACAAAUCCCCAGUCACAGUUCAGAGAAAAAAACAAAGACUGAACCUGUAGAGGUUCAAGUGCAAAGGAAACACUCAAGUGCAAAGGAGAACAUAAAAAUAGAGGACGAGGAAACAGAGGACAGUGAGGAUUACGACGAUGAAAAAGUAGAGUCUUCCUUGCAGUCGUCUUUACUUGCCAAGAGAUUAAGUAACAAUGCAAAGCAAAAGACCGGCAAAGAAUAUGUGAAGGUCAAAGCCAAAGCUGCAACUAAAAACGUAAAGAUUGAAGGGUCGGAAAUAAUUCAUAUUGACGAUGGGGAUGAUAAAAGUGCAGAGUCCACCAUACAUUUGUCCCAGAAACCUCAAAUAUCAGGUCAAGAUGCAAAGCAAAAGAUCGGCACAGAAGCAGUGAACAUGGAGCAGAAAGAAGUCACGCAUAUACCAAACAAAGGGACAGACGGCAAUAAACAGGAGGUGGGAAUUAUUGAUAUUGAGGAAGAUUCUAGAGACACAGAGUCCCCCAGCACCUUGUCUCUGCACUUGCAGAUGUCUGGUCAAGGUUCUCUGGAAAAUGACACCGCAAACACCUUGAAUGUGUUUGAGAACAAAGAUCAAAAUCAUCCAGAUCCAAAAGCAAACACCUUGUCUAAAUCUAAGAAUAAGAUGAGUUCGUACUCCUGUAAAUUGUGCAGGACUGAGCACGGCUCAUGGAGAAUACUGAUUAAACAUGCGUGGAACCAUGUGAAUGACCCGGACAGCGUUUGUCCCAUGUGUGAGAAGAAGUUCGACUCCACAGAUGCACUCAGGACUCAUCUCCAGAGUUACCGGAACACCCACAACUGCAAGAUCUGUGGCAAGGUUUUCAUCUCCCGCCUUGGCUUCAAGCGACACAUGGAUCGACACGAAGGAAAGAAGGUUGAAGAUCCAAAUAUCUCUGCACUCCUAACCAGAAGGUGAAGACCAGGAUGCAGUACCUGAGCCACAGCCAUGGCCUGAAUAUCAUCUAUUCUACAGUCUCCCUCCUCUCAGGAGUAAAAGGAAACUCAACCAUAGACACCCUGAUGGUAGUGUUAUAUGUCCAUUGUUCAACACUUUUUUGCUGUUCAGCUCAUCUUCCUUUAGCAAUGUUUAUUGUUGAGGCUACUAAGAAAGACAGCUUCUCUGGCUAAGUGAAGUUUCCAGAUUUCUGGCUCAGUCCAUGGGCCGAAUAGUUGUUUUGUAUUAAUAUAGGCAAUAAGCUAACUUAUUAGCCAGCUGACGUUUUGAGAGAUGAGAUGAUGGCAUCAUCGUUAUGGACAGUUUGUGUUCUCGUAUUCCUGUUGGAUGUGAUUUGUAUCAAACACUUAUAUUUGUAGUCAUCAAUUUAUCUGUAAUAGUAUUACUUUUCCUGUUCCUCACUGAUGUUUUUGAAUCAGUGUCCAACAUUUCAGAUUUUUGUUUGAAAGCACUAACUGAAAUUAUUCAGUUUAGUCCACCUCUCUGAUUCGUUCGGAGAUGUUGUUCUUCUCCUGGCUGUUCCUGAUAUGUCCAACAUUUCUAAACAAAAGUAAAAGAAAGUUUUUAAUUAUAAUGUUCCUGGACUUUGAAAUGGUUUAAAUGGUUUUAUUGAAUAGUUUUCAAUUUGAAUGUGAAAGAGUUUCUAGAAAGCUAUUUGUUUAUUCCACAUGUUAUCUGAAACUUUUUCUGGUUGUUUGUUAAUAUUUUAAAAUGCAUUUACAAUUUUUAAUAAAAUUAUUUGUACUAUAA